AUGAAGACAAUCUUGAGUUGGUCUUCUAUGUCUUCAUAUGGAUCUGUAUUGGAUACAGGGGUCCCCUGGGCGUUAAUCAAAUGGUACAAACUCAUUAGGAGUAAAGGACCAUCACACGCAAUAACUUUCCAGGAGGUGCUUGAUUUGUUAGAUAAUCAUCUUGCCACACUUCCAAAGGAGCUUUCCCCUGAGCUUCUGUUUGCAUGGAAGGUCCUUAAGGGACUUCCAGUACCUAAUGUUCCUGUCACUACUACUGCAGGUCUUACACUGACUGGAUUCCCACAGUGUUUGAGUCAGGGCUUAAAAGGACAUCCAGGUGUGGGGAAGGAAGGCAGGAACACUCAACUAGAGCAAUUAGAUGCCAUCAUGGAUGCUCCAGUGCAGGCUAGCCAGCCUAAGGGCUCUAACUCUUUUGAUUCAACUGUUCCUGUAAACCCUGUUGCUCCCAAACCUCCCUGCAAGGGUCAUGGAGAAAAAGCAACCCCCUCCCCAUAUCAUAUCUCAGAGCAACUGAUUUCCAAUGCCAUGACUCCCAAUGUUAUGACUCCCAAUGUUACAAUUCCAAAUGCCAAGAUUCCCAGAGCACACCCGAAAACAAAGACCAUUGUUCCUCCUCCACUGAGCAUGGCAGCAGUGAACAGCCAGCCCACUCCUAUACAAUGCAAAGAUGGUGAAUGGUUUAGAUUUUCACCUCACAUUGUCCCCCCUGGUAUGGAACCUGACCUCAAGGCUUUAAACAACUCAUUCAUGGCUGCAGCUGAAGUGGCACACAUUUUGUCCACUUCCAAUGCUUCUCAAUGUCAGCUUCCUGGUAUUGUUCCUAAUGCUUUUGGCAGUUGUCUUGUUAGUGGUGAAGACUCAUCACAGAUGGUAUUCUUGAGGAUGAUGACUUCAAUCACUGCAGCAGAUGACCACUUUUACCAGAAUUUGGACCCUGCCCUCUGGCCAACUGCAUCACAAAGUACAGAAUCCAAAAGUUCCAACUCUAGUGAGGGUGAGAGUUCAUCUGACAAUGAUAGCAAGGAUGAGCAAAUUGGUUGGGGGGGAAUUGGUGGGCAUCAUAGCACACACCCUGGUUUUUCUGGGGAAGGGCGACCAUCCCAACCUCAGGUGGUGUCCACUCUUCCCCCAGAUUUUGAAUUUCAAUAUUCAUGUGAUGAAGAUGACCAAGUGGCUGAGAAAAAUUUGGUGGUUGACAGCAGCUCAAGCGAUAGUGAUGUGUCAAUGGAUGUCAGGAGUACUGCUGAGGUGGCUAAAUCUUCGGUAAAAUCCAAGGAGGUUGGGGGGCCUAGUGCCACCCAACUGGGUUGGUAUGGUCCUCACUGGAAGAGUUUCCUUGAGGAUGCCAAGGGAGAGUGUUGUGCACAGCAAGCAUUGGAAAACCCCUUCCUGAAGCUUGUUGAGGAUCUGCCAAUCUCUAUCACAGAAUCUCUUUCAGCAUCCCUCAUAAAAUGGCUCAAAAAUGGUGGACAAAUUGAACCCAGACAUUUACCAGACAUGUGGCCUGCUCACAAGGCUGAUAUGGCAAGGCUGCUGUAUGAUGAUUUGGCAACAUGGUGUUUGGACCUCAAAAAAAUUGCCAUCAUGCCUUCUGCAUACAAUCUUGUCCCCUCAUCCACUAUCCCCAUUCAACAAUGCACAACCUGGAUUGAAAACACUGCCACAGAUUUACUAGAAGUUUCCAUGUACCUUCAUAAUGGAGUGGAUGAGUUGGGAGAAACUAGGAACUUUGCUCACCUUGGGCUUUGCAAGGCUGCCAUAGUUUUCCUGUACACUGGACCCUAUCAUAUUGCUCAUUGGCAACCCAAUAUAUUUAGGAAGGAGAUACCAUUGACUUGCUUAGCUCUUGUCUGCACAGUGUUGAAUUGCAUCUUUGAUGGCCUUGUUAAAAAUGGGAACAGAAAAUCUUUCCCAAAGUUCACUGCUAAGGAGUAUGAACCCAUUUACAAAACAAUGCUCCAGCUUCUCCAAACUGUCAUGGAAGACCUUUACCACAGUCCCAGGCUGGUGCAGCAGCUUCAUGCAUGGGCUGAAGCCAGAUGGUGA